CGGGCGCUGGGGGCGCGGGGGCUGGGGCCGGGCGCGGUGCCCCCCGCGCUCAUCUCGGGUGAGCACCUGCGGAUCUGUCCCCAGGAUUACACCUGCUGCUCCAGCGAGAUGGAGGAGCAGCUCAGCCUGCAGAGCAACCGGGACUUCCGCGCCCUGGUGGAGGACGGGGCCAGCUUCCUGUCCAGCACCCUGGCCUCGCGCCACCGCCGCUUCGAGGAGUUUUUCCGGGAGCUGCUGGCGGCGGCCGAGCGGGGGCUGCAGGCCAUGUUCACGCAGACCUACGGCCGCCUGUACGCCCAGAACGCCCGGCUCUUCCAGGGGCUCUUCGCCGAGCUGCGGCGCCACCAGCAGGGCGCCCGGCUGAGCCUGGACGAGGCGCUGGGCGAGUUCUGGGCCCGCCUGCUGGAGCGGAUGCUGCCGCUGCUCAACCCGCAGUACCAGUUCCCCCCCGAGUACCUGGAGUGCGUGGCGCGCCAGGGGGAGGCGCUGCGGCCCUUCGGCGACGUGCCCCGCAAGCUGCGUCUGCAGGUGACGCGGGCGUUCGUGGCUGCUCGGGUCUUCGUGCAGGGACUGGCCACUGGGCGUGAUGUGGUCUCCAAGGCCUCCAAGCUGCCCCCCAGUGGGGAGUGCCUGCGGGCCGCCAUGCGCAUGUCCUCCUGCCCCCUGUGCCGUGGGACCCCGGCUCUCAAGCCCUGCAAUGCCUUCUGCCUCAACGUCAUGAAGGGCUGCCUGGCCCGCCCGGCCGAGCUGGACCCCGAGUGGAACCGCUUCCUCGAUGCUCUGAUCCAGGUGGCUGAGCGGCUGGAGGGGUCCUUCAACGUGGAGCUGGCGGCCGACUCUAUCGGGGUGAAGAUCUCGGAGGGAAUCAUGUACCUGCAGGAGAACGGGGUGCAGACCUCGGCCAAGGUGUUUCAGGGCUGCGGGACCCCUCGCCCAGCGCCUGCCCGAUCCCGCCGUGCCGCCCGGGAUGAGACCAAGCGUCGCUUCCGCACCUACCCGCCCGAGGAGAAACCCACCACGGCUGCGGGGACCAACCUGGACCGACUGGUGACGGAUGUGAAGGAGAAGCUGCGGCUGAUGCGGGGGUUCUGGGUCACCCUGCCCCACACGCUCUGCAGCGACGGGAAGGUGGCGGCUGACGUGACAGACGAGGACAAGUGCUGGAACGGGCAGGCCCGGGGCAGGUACCUCCCGGACGUGACAGGGGACGGGCUGGUGAAUCAGAUCAAUAACCCGGAGGUGGAGGUGGACAUCGGGCGGCCCGACCUGCUCACCCGCCAGCACAUCCUCCAGCUGCGGGUGGCCACCAGCCGCCUGCAGGGGGCCUACGGGGGCCGGGACCUUGACUUCCAGGACACCUAUGAGGACGGCAGUGGCUCGGGAGGGGGUGAGCAGUACAGCGAGGACUGGCCGGCUGGAGGGGGUGGCGGCAGCAGCCAUUCGGGGUCCCGCCCCCCCGACUCCCGUUCAUCCCGCAAGGACCGGCCGGGCAAGGGCUCCAGGCAGAAUCACCGUGUGGGGGGCAGCAGCAGCCAUGCCGCCUCCCGGGGGGGUGCUGCCCUCCCCCUCCUCCUGCUCCCCGCCCUGGCGCUGCCCCUGCUGGGGCGGUAACUCCCAGGUGCCACGAAUGUAGGGGGAUCGCUCACUCGGGGUGCAGCUGGGGGGAUUGGCAUCUUCCAGGGACUCCCCCACCAGCCUGGGGAUCGAGGGGGGUGGAGAGCGAAAUGGGAAGUAGAAUUAGGAGAGGAGGGAUGGAGGGGAGGGUUUAAGGGGGCUAGGAGGUGAGAUUUAUCGAGCCCCCCAGGGGGAAUUGCCAAGGGGAGUGGAGGGCUACAUUAGUUAGGCCCCAGGCCGAGCAUGGAUGAAUGUACCGGGGGUGGGGGGCCCCACACAGAGCUUUUAUUUUUUUACGUUGUUUUUUUUACAGGGUGUAUUUAUUUGGGGAGGUCUUUUUUAAUGAGGCAACAGCCAGGUUAAUUUUUUAUAGGGUGGGCAGCGGGGGCAGGACUGAUUUGUUUCCUACUCUCUUUCCAGAACACACAUUUUCUCCCCCAGCUCCCCCUGCCCCGGGGUCCCAGCUCUGAGCAGCCCCAGCCGGUCUCGGUCUCGCUCACCCCCCCCGGUAUCCACCCUACAGCAGGGCUGCGAGUGGGGCGUGAGCUCCUGCCCUGCUCCCCACAGCACCCCCGUGGGGAGGGGGGCAGGGCCUGGGUAGCCAGGCACUCCCCUGUGGCAGGGGGGCAGCGUUCCCUGGCCUGGCACAAGGGGUUUUGUAGCACAAUGUACAGUAGAUGCCGCUCUGGCUUUUUUAGGGAACGAACCUUUUUUUAAUGAGUUUGGACAACUUUCCCCGUGUUGGGUUUUGUGUCUUUUUUUUUUUUUUUAAAUCACAUAAUAAAACAUUUAAUUUAUUGA